UCAUGUAACAAACACAGCUGUUCAUGAAAGCAGGACUUAAACUUAUAUUAUCUGCCUUUGACCAAAUUAAUUUCUUCUGUAUGCUCUGAAAAUGUCACCACUGGUUGAUCAACAUCGCUGGAUGUUGGUUUUAAAGAUAUUUAUCGUCUUUUUGGGGUUUGUGUUCCAGAACUUCUUUUGCGAAGCCACAGAUGGAAGUUGGAUCAAAGACAUGCUGUUUAUCAGCCCUGAUACUCCAGCAGAGAUAUACACCUAUCAUGGAAGUUUCCCAUCAAAUGUCAUCUUUAAAGAGAAGAAUAAAACUAACCUGUGUUUUAACAUCCCGGCAAACAAAACAUACUCAGACUGUUGCAAGAAUUUCAACUGCAACACAACAGUAAUUCGGCACAACAGCAACAUUUACCAUCUGAAACUAUCUGAAACGUCUCUACAAAAGCAUGACGUUGUAUUGCUGCUGAACACAUCUUACAAUUUCUCAUGUUUGCCAUCAAUGUUGUACAAUUCAAGAGGUUUUAUCCUAAGUCUGCACAAGUGCUUAAAACCAGGUUUCAAGAAUAUCAGACUGAGUAAUGAGGGCCUUUGUGUACAAAAUCUGACCAGUCAAGAAGAACAAUGUCACGGUUCAAAAGAGACUGAAUAUAUUGUUAAAAUAAAACAAUGCACAAAAAAUGUAACUUGUACGCUACCAGGGAAGCAGGCAGAGACAACCUUAAACAUCAAUGUUUCAGGCACACCUAUAAAUGCAGCAAAAGCAGCGAAUAUCAUGAAUAAUCUUGCUUCCACACUGAGUCUGAUGGGCAAUGCAAGCACAGCAGAGAUCAAAAUGGGAAAUGUCACUGGGGUGAUUGCUAAGUUGCCAAAACAGAAUCAAACAAGCAUGAACUUUGGUUUCACAUCAGAUGGGAAUGUAAAUAUUCUCCAGGAAAAUGAUGUGGUGAUGGGCUUCUCUAGAAGUGUUUACCUUCCUAAAGAAGCCAGUGAAAUGGCAGUUGAAAACAAUGGAUCAUUUGCUGGAGUUUUGCUUUUUCCAGAUAUUCCUGAGAUUGACCAGAAUCGUUCCCUUUUCCAAAACGAAAUGAUGGGAAUUGAAAUGGGAGCAAACAUAUUUAAUCUCUCACAAACCAUCAACAUUCAGUUCACUAAUAUGAACACGACUGGAUUAAAUGCCACUUGUGUAUCAUGGGAUGGAGAAAAUAAUAAUGGGACUGAAGCAAACUGGACCACAGAGGGCUGUCUGACAACAGAAGUCAAUGGCAGAAUUACAUGCAACUGCUCUCAUCUCACAUUUUUUGCUAUUCUCAUGUCACCGUUACCUGGUGGCAAAGAUGGUAGUAAUUCUAAUGGAAUUAUAAGUUCAUCUGACUUGAAAACCCUGACCCAAAUCACAAAGGCUGGCUGUGGCAUAUCCUUGUUCUUCCUGGGCGUGGCUCUCUUCAUGCAUUUUUUGGUCAGGAAAAAUAAAGCCAGUGAGGCUGUAAAGAUCCUCAUGAAUCUCUUUGUCGCCCUGUUCCUCCUGAACCUUUGCUUCUUGAUAAAUGAGUCAAUCGCUAAACUGAAGGUCUUAGCAGCUUGUGUGGCAAUGGCAGCGACUCUGCACUACAGCAUGCUGGCCACAUUCACAUGGUUCUUCAUUCAGGCCUUGCACCUGUACUUCAAUCUACACCAGAUCUCCACAGACAUCAAAUAUUACAUGUGUAAGAUUUGCAGCACAGGAUGGGUUGUUCCAGCUGUGGUGGUUGUUGGACUUCUCGCUUCGAGCAAAUAUGAUUUCAUUGAAGUUGUUGGUGACAAUGGAACCUCAGUGUCUAUGUGCUGGAUCCCUGAUCCUACAAUCCACACAGGAGUGAACAUUGGUUUCUAUAGCAUUGUGUUCGUCUUCACCUUAACAGUUUUUGUAGUAACUGUUGUGCAGAUCAAACACUUUUCAUCCAAAAAAGAAAAAACCCAAGACAUCUCCACCAAGAAAAGAUUUUUCUCUCUUCUGGGUCUUUUCUGCCUCUUGGGCAUCACCUGGGGAUUUGCUUUUUUCAGCUACGGCCCUCUGCUCCUUCCCUCCUACUACAUCUUCACCAUCCUUAACUCCUUUCAAGGAUUUUUCCUGUUCGUCUACUACUACUUUUCAAGCAGGGUGAUUAUAGACGAUGUUAAACAAUCUAAAAGCAGCAGUGGGGCCACCGAAAAUGUGUACACAUCAUCUUCCCAUGGAUAAGUUACUCAGUCCUUGGUUUCUCUCACUAAUAUUGACUUAUUGUAUAUGGAAAAUUGGAGUUGUCAUUUGAAAAGUUAAAGAGAAGUUGUUGAGUCAAUUGGGUUUUAACCACAUUUCUAGAAAUAAAACUUCAAAACAUUUUCUGCUGGACUUUGGGUGUUGAGUUAAAUGCAGUAGAUGUGAAGUAUCUCCUUUGGUUGCACUUUUAAAAUAGCCCAGACUGAAAAUCUUUGGGUUGAGCUGAAAAGAUCUGUGAGCAAAGAUUUUCUCAAAAUCUGAGGGGAUUUUGGCAAAGGAGAGUGAACAGAUAUUUCCAGGUCAAGGUGUCCCAAUAAACUUUGACCUUAAAGACUCAGAAUAUUUCUUUGUAAGGGAUGUUAUCUUGUCUUUCAAGUGAGUUGUACAGGUUGUAAAAAAGGUUGUUUAUAUGGAACCUCUGAAGACACUGAAAAAGAAAAAUUAACCAUGCCUAAUAUUUGUUUAAGUUACCAACAAGAGUAGUUUGGGAGACAAAUAAUGGUCUUGAAAAUGUAUUCACCGAGUUACAGAUUGUUGAAAUCUAAAUGUCAUUUUCAAUAAACUGCUUACUAUA